AUGCAAAAAUCUAUUAGAGUUAAUGAUUACUACGAUAAUGAUGAUAAUGGGCUCUGGUCUUGGUAUCUACAAAAUAUUAGAUCAGGGGACUUUGAGGAGUUGACGCAUAACGAAUUGAAAUACACUCUGCUGAAAAGAUUUCUGAAGAAUCAUUUCACGUCCCUCGAGGGGAUAAACUCCAAGAUUCUUUUCAUUUCAAUCCCAGAUAAAGUUCACAGCGAUAUUUCGGUCCUGGAGACCUUUCUGAAGGACUACUUUCAUUUAGAGGAUUUACAGAACAUAAAGAUACAGAAGUUAACCACUUCGAAUUGCUAUAAUCAUGAAAACCAUUACCUACUGACUGAUACCCUUAACAACUUUAACGAUAGAAAAUUUUUGAGGUACUUGAACCCCGGUCGAAAGUUUGAGAACUCUGGUGACAUGGCAAAACUGGAUGGCGUUUCAGGGCCUUUAUCCAUAUACGGGACGACCACAUCUACUACCGUGAAAAAUGAGGAUGACUUUCCAGAAGAGGUGACAGCCGAACCCGCCACAACAACGUCUACAUCGACAAAUGCAUCAUCGUUAGUGUCUAAUCAUGCUCCGAUACAAAAUUUGGAUAAAUCGCAUGAUCUACUAAUAAUUCAAAACUCAACGGGCUUAAUAAACGGUAAGGGUGCCUCUGAGCCCAUCAUCGAAGACAAAACGGUUAGUAACUCAACCACGUGUAAUAAUAACGGCUUACAGCCGAAUGGCAUCUCCAACAAACAAAAUGGUAUAAAAUCGGAACGCAUCGAAACUCCGAACGAAAGUGCAUCUUCGGAGUCAUCCGGUUUAUUCGAGGACGGGGCUAGUUCCAUAGUCUUAGAUUUCCCGCGGAGCAAAGUCCAGGCACAGAAGAGGAAAGUGAGGUCGGCCAGGUCAUCGGUUUCGGGAUCCAACGCAUCUAAUAAUCCUCUGCUCAAUACGGCACUGAAUAACUCCAAUCUGUACACACCUGCAUCGUCAGAAUUAGUAUCCUUUAACAGCUAUUACAAUGAGGAAGAGGAUGCCAGCAGUACCAUGAUAUACAACUCGCAAGAAGGUAGGUCAGGGCACAUGGACCACCCAUUAACCAGAAUGCUGACGCGCAGUGACUCUCAGAUGCUGCAGGACAACGAAACGAAUAGCGAUCAAGAGGAUUCCAACAGUGAGUUACCGUCCGUUGUGGAAACUGCAGAUGAUGCACCAGUUGUUGGCGCGGGCGCGGGCACGGGCACGGGAUUGAAUUCAAGGCCGCAUGGUAUAUCGUGCGUGUCGAGUGUCAGCACAGGGUCAUUUACUAGCUCGUUCACGACUUCUUCCUCCUCUUCGUGUUCAACGUCGAUGUCGACAUCUUCUACCGUAUCUUCCCACUAUUCUAUCCUCCCGUCGAUCACAAUCAAGGAUACGGAGGGGCAUUUCAGGUUGGUUUUGCAGUCCGUGCUACUACAAAGGGAGGACAAGGCCAUAUUCACGGCGAUACGACAAUCCAAUAAUAAAGUGGACAGGGCGACCGUGCAAGACGAUUGGAUUUUAUACGACUCUGAUUUCUCAAUGAACAACUUGAUGAUGAUGACCCUUCGUGGACUGUUCAAUUUUAGUGAGAACAUGUCGAAGAUCCUUUUCUAUUCUAUGAUCAUUGUCGAUGACGCAGAGACAGCUGAUGACAUGCUCGACGAGGAGGCAACCCACAGUGGGGACGUAUCAGAUACUCAGCCGCAGCUUAUGUUUGAUGAGGAGGAUAGCGACAGUGGUGUACAGGAACCACAGAUGUACCUUCCACAAAAAACUGCAUCGCAUGCAACAACUGCGCAUAGAUCCAUUAGGACCGUGAAUAGUAUUGGUGAGUGGGCGUACAAGAAAAAGAGCAACGCCACGAGCAAUCACGAUGCCGCGUCUGUAGGGUCUCAGGGAAACAGCACGUUGCAACCUAUCAUCUCGAAACCGGAACACAUCGAAAAACACAAGGAGGAUGUGCGCAAGUUGUCCGUUGUUGAGCGGUGGAAGAGUCUGCCCUCGAAGCGGAUCAACGGUCAUGACGAAAUCAAGAAAUGGAAAUUGAAGAUGAAGAAGUUCAAGAAAUCCAAUGGACACACUGCAGACGGCAGUAAGGAAACAUUUUGUUCUAUUAUGUAG